CAUGUAUUUUAAACUUGUAUUGGCUUCAGUUGGUCUCAUGUGUAUAGGUUUUGUCUCAGGUUCGGGCACAAGAUAUUGUCAUGAAUGCGGUACAGGUAGAUCCAAGGACUUUCAAAACUGCCGUCAGUUUGUAAAUAUUACCAAAAGUUGUUAUCGGUCACCACCUGGAUAUUGCAUAUUUAUUGUUGGAAAUAAGACAGAAGACAAUAAGGUCGUUGACUUUGCGUCAAGAAUAUGUUCUAUCCGUAAUUGUGACUGGCAUAGGCUUUAUAACAAAGCAAACAAACACUGUUCACAGUGCGAAAGUGACUAUUGCAAUACUGACAAAUUUUGAUCAAAUAGACCAAGCUUUAAUAAGAACUAUGAGUACUUUUCUGCAUACUGGGCAACUAAAGAUUUAAAUUCAAAACUAUCCCUCCCAAACUAACUGAACCCCAUGGCACAUGAUCGUCUAGAUACAGCUACCUAACCUGACUAGCAAAAUACUAGCACCACUUACUACCUUGUGUUUUAAGAGUCGCUACAAGAUAUGUGUUGGCUGUCGGAAUGAGGAUCAAGUAAGGAAUACAAAUAAAUCAAGUGCAUGCUUUAAAAACGCAGAUUUAAUCA